AUGUCUCCUUCGGGGGCCUCUGGCUCAGGAUCAGGAAGCGGUGGAUCUUUUGAAGAUUAUUUGCGCAAGUCUGAUUUUUUUUCCGUGGUUGCUCGUCCUUCGGACUCUUAUACCUGGCGUAGCAUACUAAAGGGGAGAGGUAAGGAAGUAAUUGAGUUCUGUGAUAAGUUAAGAAUAACCUUCUACGGGGCAGGAGGCAUAGACAUCAUAGAAGGACAAAAAGGAUCUGCCUACACUACAGCAAAAGGGGGGCGAUCGCUUCCUGGUACGAGAAAGGCAUUGGAGGGGCAGUCUGAUGAAUAG